AUGUGUGGACAUGUCUUCCAGAAGUACAAGGGAUGCGGCCACAAGUUGAAGGUCGGAUUCAAUCCUUGUAAAGCUUUUGGGGAUACAUGCUUGGGACCCAAGGAGGCGGAGGGGAAUCCGAUGGAUUGGACGGAGGCGGGACAAGUGGAAGGAAACUGCGCCGACUGCGAGCGCGAAAUCCACAACCCCAACCCCGACGCCAGAUUGGACGAGAACGAUCCGUACAAGAGGCAGGACCGCGAGGAUAAGGCGGAAAGAGAGAAAAUGGAAAGGGAGUUUAGGGAGGAGCAAGAGGAGAAGAGAAAGGCAAAGGAGGCGGAGCUUGCUGAGCUGCAGAGACAGAAAGACGCUGAAAAGGCCGCCAGGGCCGAGAGGAAGAGGAGGAGAGCGGAGGUGAAGAGAUGGGCGAAGAGGAGAAAGAUUAGAAAAGGAGGAGGAGAGGCAGCGGUCGAUGACGACGAAGAGGAGGAAGACAAAAACGAGGAAGACGACAAUGAGGAGAAGAGAGAGGGGGCGGAGAUAAAGAGAAAGGCGAAGAAGAGAAAUAUGAAUAGAGGAGGAGAGGCAGCGGGUCGACGACGGCGAGGACAAGGAAAACGAGGAGGAGGAGGAUAA